GCUGCAGAGCAGAAUGUGACAGCCAUCUAUGGCCACAGCUGUCACCGGUGCGGGACGGCUCUGUUUGACUGACUUCGCUGGGCUUUUAUCCGCGUAAGUUCUGCCUAUAAAGCCCGGCGGUUGUAAUGACGAGGGUUUAGGAGCCAUGCCGAGCUGAAGGACUGGUAAAAGUAGCUCCAUGGCCUCUCUCACCGCCGGCUCCGCGGCUCGGAGCUUGGGCCACCACUGGAAGUCGUUCUCGCUGCUGUUCUACCGGGCGGUGCGGGACCUGAAGCCGGUGUGGAUGCUGGAGGACAUGCGGACGAUGGAGGCGUUCUACCCGGAGGACGACUCCAGCCAGAGGACGUACAGCCCGUCCGAGGCGCUGCUGUACGCCAUCGUGCACGACCACCAGGCGUACGCGCAGUUCCUGCUGAGCAGGUUCCCGGGCGAGGCGCUGGCGGAGCCCGGGGAGCGGUUCAGCUGCUGCCCGGCCUCCUCCUCCGUGCCGCACCAGGCCAUGGCGGUGCGCUACGACCGCCGCUACAUCCUGCAGCUCAUCCUGCAGGAGAGCAGGGGCGCGGCCAGGGCGGCCCGGGCCCCGGGCUGCUUCCACGAGGGCAGGAGCCCGCUGCACCUGGCCUGCGAGCUGCUGCGGCCCGAGGCCGCGGUGCUGCUGCUGGGGGCCGGGGCGUCCCCGCUCAGCCCGGACCGCUACGGCCUCACCCCGCUGGACGUGCUGCUGGACAAGCUGGGGAACUCCACCGGGGCCGUGGACGGGGAGGGGAGGAGGUGUCUGGACAACCUGCUCAUGUUUAUGCCCAAAGUUCACUUUAAGAUGAGGGGGGCCCUGGACCGGGACCCCGAGAGCUGGACCGAGGUUCUGGGGGACGACACGUACCGGUACCUGGCUGGACGCAGCCCCGCCUCGCUGCUGCUCAUCGCCAUGCAGACUGUCAUGAAGCAGCUGAGCCCAGAAACCUUCUCGGACAGUCUGCACGAGCUGCCCAUCCCGUCCUCCCUCAAGCCCCGGGGCCUGCCCGUGGGCCCCCGGGUCUCAGACCCCGGGUCUGAGGCCCCGGGUCUGCCCAUGGACCCCCGGGUCUGAGGACCCGGGUCUGAGACCCGGGGUUUGCCCGUGGACCACCCGGUCUGCCCGGGGUCACUAUGGCAAGCCAUAAGGGCCAAAAACCGGGCUUGAAUGAACGCGCUGCCAAACAAAAAGGCGUAAAAAGCGCCGUUUUGAGCACAAAAAAACCUGUAAAAAAAACGGCGUUUUAAACGAGUUGUGUAAAAAGCGCAUUUCCCACUUUUUAUGCACAUUCAUGAACAUUUUUUUUUUGCUCAAAACGGCGCUUUUUACGCAGUGCCACCAGCAGGGGGUGGCCACGGCCCCCCCUACAAAUUUGCUGGCCACCCCACUUGCCUCAAUUAAAAAAAAAUAAAAUUGCCGGUCACAUAGAUUAAGUCUUCAGUUAUGUGUUUCAUCCCAAAUCAUUUGGGACAAAUGCAUAUCAUAUCAUGCCUUAGGUUUUUACCAACAUGGUAUUAACCAUUAAUAUAUAUACAGAAAAGUUAGAAAAUUAAAAAAAAAAAAAAGCAUUUCUGAGCCUGUAUACUACAACAGUAUAAUAACAUCCUGUAAUGACGGCUUUUAGUUUUGGUGUCCACCCCAAGAAUUGAAGUGGCCCCCUCUGGCCCCCCUAUGGAACAUUUUAGGAGGCGCCCCUGUUUUUACGCCCUUUUGUUCGGCAGCGUGUUCAUUCAAGCCUGGUUUUUGGCCCUUAUGGCUUGCCAUAGAUCUGCCCGUGAGCCGCCGGGCCGCGUGCAGGCUGACGUGACGUCAUGCAUGCUCUGCAUGAAGGGCGCGUGCUGCAGAGGGAGCACGUGCACGCGCUGGACGAGCCUGGACGACAAGAGAGCUGUAACAGUUAUUUAUCAGGAUACACAAAUCAACAGAUAAGACUGAUUAGUUCAUUCUCUAACAAUGGGAAUUCAAUAAGCUCACCAAGUAAAUAAGCUCGGAGCUGGAACCAGACAUGGAAAUACCAUUUUAACCUGACUCAGGCAUCAAUGUUAAGUUUUAUUGUUUAACCUCAUUCUUAAGUGUUACAUUGUAAUGCUAUUUCUUUAAGUCGUGGUAUUAACCCAAAAAAAAAGUAAAGUACAUGAGGGGUGGAGCUGCUGACUUUAAUUUAAUAUCUAACAGCAUAUGUAAAGUGUCAACAGAGAUCAUUGUAGGAGAAUGGGACACUAACAGUGGGUGAUUAUUUUUAAUUAAAUAAGUAUCCAUGCAA